AGUAUGCUUUGUGACAUUCAAAAGGGUCCCGUUCUGUGGCUGAAAAAACUGCGCCUGUUAAGCUUUCAAAUCCCAAACAUCACCUCAGAGCAGUUUGGUUGCUUGAAGAAUCUGAAACAGCUGAUUUUGUCAGGAAAUCAGAUUACCACUGUUGCAGACUUUACAUUUAAGGAACUAGCUAAAUUGAGGUUCUUAGACCUACGGAAUAACAAGAUCUCUCAGAUAACAGAGAACAGUUUCUUUGGCCUGCAUUGCUUGGAAACCCUAAAUCUGGAACUAAACCCACUUGAAACGAUUGAAGCAUUUACCUUCAUCCACCUCACUUUGCUGAAGCACAUAUGUUUAGGGGACUUUCAACCUUUGCCUAGUGAGUUGGAGAGUAGCGUGAAUGUGAAUCUGACACACAUAUUUGGUGUGUUCCCUCAAGGGUUAAUGCACAUGAACAUUUCUUCCAUGUGGUACACCCUCAACAUCAUCAUCAGCAGCAACAGCACCCCAAAACCAGGGAUUUCCCUUCAGCUCAGUGCCACAACUGUAUUCUUCCAGGACUGCUGGAGACCGUUUUUCCAGUCCGUCGUCAGCCUCACAGCCAUAACGGAACGCCUCCUGUGUGGGUCUCAUUUUGCCGCAAGAUACUUCACCUCCCUACAGUACUUUGGCUUCAAUUCUGUGCUGUCAGCUGCAUUUGACCUGAACACACUUGUGGAGAUGAGGUAUCUGACGCUAAUGGGAGUGGAACUCUACCGGCAGCCAGGGCUGGCCACUAUGUUCCACAACCUCACCAAGCUGGAGACCCUGAACCUGGUCACCUGCAGGAUCCUCAGUCUGGAGGAGGAGAUGAACAGAGACCUGCAUUCCCUCAGACAGAUGUCAGUCCACAUCCCAGAGGAGUUCAGUGUGAUGGAGAGCUUCACAGAGCCGCUGACCAACCUGAGGUACCUGCUACUCUACAAUUUUCGCUUGGACUGCAGCUGUGACAAUACCUGGCUGCUCGCCUGGGCUGAAAGACAGAUACAUGUCCAGGUCGUAUUUUAUCACCCUGGGGAAGCAGACGUGACAUGUAAAAAUGAGAAUGGAAUCCAGGACUUUGUCAGGUACUCAGCAGCUAACUGUUCCCUGGAUGUGGGCUUUGUCCUGUUCCUCUGCACCUCGCUGGGCCUGCUCAUCUUCAUGCUGGUGGUGCUGCUCCAUCAGCUGGCUCGGGAAUACCUGCUGGCCUUCUGCCACAUCAUCCGCUGCUGGCUGGAAGAGGCUGUACGGAGGCCCAACCUCAGGGGGCGCUACUGAUAUGGCUUUGUGUCGUACAUUGGGAGAGACAAGCACUGGGUGGUGGAGCAGCUGCUUCCGGGCCUGGAGCAGAGGGGGCCUCCCUUCCUGCGUCUAUGUCUGCACAGCAGGGACUUCCAGUUGGGGAAGGACAUUGUGGACAACAUCACAGACAGCCUCUACGGCAGCCGCUACACCGUGUGUGUGGUGAGUCAUAACUACCUGCGCAGUAACUGGUGCUCCCUGGAGCUGCGGCUGGCCACCCUCCGACUGCUGGUAGAGCAAAGGGACAUCCUUAUCUUGGUCUUCCUGGAGGACAUCCCUCCUCGCCAGCUGUCUGCCCACCACCGCCUGGCCAGGCUGGUCAAGACCAGGACCUACUUGGACUGGCCCCAGGACCAGGCCAUGCAGCCUGCCUUCUGGGAUCGUCUGUGGACCAAACUGGUCCCUCCUGAACCACACCCUAGCCAGUGACCAGAUACAGUACUACACUCUUUUUAAAGGGGUUCUAAAAGGGGUCUUUGUUGGGUGAAAAGGUUCUACCUGGAACCAUAAAGGGUUCUCCUUCAGAGAUGAGCAAAUACCUCUUUAGGGUUUUAGAGAGCACCUUUUUUUGUGUACAUGUCUAGACAGUGGUAUUCUGCUUCCAAUUAACUUUGAAUGAACUGUGUGGAUGCAAUGACCAACCGUUGUCAACAGCAGAGGGAGACAAAGACCUUCAAUCAUAUACAGUACACAGACUUCCGAUGUUCAAAAUAUGUUUGCAGCAAAAAAAGGAAACACCUUCUCAUCUAACAAUGACGUUUAUGGCUUUGCAUACAUUUUUAUUAUUGGAUUCAAUAACAUGUUCCGUCUCUCUCUCCUGUCUUCUUCUAGCGUUGCAUUACUGUAAGACACAGAUGUAUGAUACAGCUGAUUUUCUCUGGUCACCAUCUCAGCAAAGCCACAUACUGGAAACUCACUUCGGGGGGGUUCUACUCAGCUAACAUGUGGAAUUGUUUUAAGAUGUUGAUACCAUGGAUCAUUUAGUUAUUUGAUUUUGAGGUAUAACACAAAAAAAACGGAGAACACCAUCGCGUUUGUGAGUGUCUCAUCUUUCCAUAGAGUGGUCAUAUUAGUUGGCCAAACCGUUCGGACGCUACAGAAAUUUCUGCGAGUAGACCAAUUUUUGGGAUGUCUCAUGGUCUGACAAACACCGCUGUAGGUCGGCCACUUUCUACUGCAGAUGCGGAAGGCCUGCAUAAGUGGAUAUCUCUAGCUUUAAUUGGUGGAUUUUUAUGGGGAUUUUUUUAUUAUGUUACUUAGAUUCACGCAUGUGUGCAUCAGUAGACUCUUAAGGAUCAACAGAAGAAGUGAUCUUGAAUGUAGCCUGGCCCCAUAUCUUUCUGUGCUGUCUUAACAACGUGGUCAUGUCACUGACCCAUAGGAUUUGGAAAGACACCACAAACAGAUCUGAGACCAGGCUAUCUUGAAUGAGGCUGAUUUAAUG